UUGUUUACCAUACUUAUUUUUUACUGCUAAAUCCACUUUAUAUAUUUCUCUCUUAAACAUUUUUGUUUCUGCAGAGGCAUUAUCAUCACCAUUUCUCUCUCUCUAAUUUCCUCUUGGUAUUAGUCAGGAAUCAGGGAGUCUGGUGACCUUAAAAGCCAACAAAAAGCAUGGAAAUUUCCAUGGUUUUCAUGGUUGGUACGCUACUGUUUUUCUGCUCUUCUGCAAAUGCUCAGAAAGGUGCUAGUCCUCCCUUACUGGCCUCAACUCCUGCGCCAGCACCGGCACCUGAUUAUGUGAACCUCACUGAUUUACUUACUGUGGCUGGUCCAUUCCACACCUUUCUUAAUUAUCUUGAAUCAACUAAAGUCAUUGAUACCUUCCAAAGCCAAGCUAACAAUACCGAGGAAGGCAUUUCCAUAUUUGUGCCCAAAGAUGAUGCCUUCAAGUCACUUAAGAGCCCUUCUUUAUCCAACCUUACUCAAGACCAACUUAAGCAACUCUGUCUAUUCCAUGCCUUGCCACAUUUCUACACUCUGGCUGAUUUCCAGAAUCUUAGCCAAGGAGGCCCUGUUAACACAUAUGCUGGUGGUGCUGGGGGUUACUCCUUGAAUUUCACUGAUGACUCUGGGACCGUGCACCUUGAUUCAGGAUGGACUAGAACUAAAAUUAGUAGCAGUGUGCAUUCAACUGACCCUGUUGCUGUGUAUCAAGUUGACAAGGUUCUUCUUCCUGAGGCAAUCUUUGGUACCAACAUUCCUCCGACUCCAGCUCCAGCUCCAGCGCCCGUUGUUGCACCGAGUGCGGAUGCUCCAUCUGAUGCCAGUGAUGGUGGUUCUUCUCCAAAAUCUUCACCAGCAAAGUCUUCUGGUGUGGUCAUCAACUUGGGUAUUUGGAGUCAGCUGGUUUUGGCAAUCUUUGGUGGGUUGGUCGUGUUCUUGUAAGAGAUGAUUCGAUGCAGUAUUUAAUUAUCUUACAAGGAUAUAUCUUGAUUUGUUGCAUUUGCUUUGAUUUUUAUUAUUAUUAUUAUUUUUGUUAAAUAUGCUAUUGAGAUCAUGUAUCAGAAUAUGAUUUCUUGUGUCAUUAUUCUAAAUAUAUGCCCUCAGUUUUAUAUCUA